AGCGCCGCGCAUCCCGCUCGCUCACACAAAGCCCAGACGCGGAGAAAAUGGCGGCAGGGGUCGAAGCGGCAGCCGAGGUGGCGGCGACGGAGCCCAAAAUGGAGGAGGAGAGCGGCGCGCCCGGCGUGCCGAGUGGCAACGGAGCUCCGGGCCCGAAAGGUGAAGGAGAACGACCAGCUCAGAAUGAGAAGAGGAAGGAGAAAAACAUAAAAAGAGGAGGCAAUCGCUUUGAGCCAUAUGCCAAUCCAACUAAAAGAUACAGAGCCUUCAUUACAAACAUACCUUUUGAUGUGAAAUGGCAGUCACUUAAAGACCUGGUUAAAGAAAAAGUUGGUGAGGUAACAUACGUGGAGCUCUUAAUGGACGCUGAAGGAAAGUCAAGGGGAUGUGCCGUUGUUGAAUUCAAGAUGGAAGAGAGCAUGAAAAAAGCUGCUGAAGUUCUAAACAAGCAUAGUCUGAGUGGAAGACCACUGAAAGUCAAAGAAGAUCCUGAUGGUGAACAUGCCAGGAGAGCAAUGCAAAAGGUGAUGGCUACGACUGGUGGGAUGGGUAUGGGACCAGGUGGCCCAGGAAUGAUUAAUAUCCCACCCAGUAUCCUAAAUAAUCCUAACAUCCCAAAUGAGAUUAUCCAUGCAUUACAGGCUGGAAGACUUGGAAGCACAGUAUUUGUAGCAAAUCUGGAUUAUAAAGUUGGCUGGAAGAAACUGAAGGAAGUUUUUAGUAUGGCUGGUGUGGUGGUCCGAGCAGACAUUCUUGAGGAUAAAGAUGGAAAAAGUCGUGGAAUAGGCACUGUUACUUUUGAGCAGUCCAUUGAAGCUGUGCAAGCUAUAUCUAUGUUUAAUGGCCAACUGCUAUUUGACAGACCAAUGCACGUGAAAAUGGAUGAGAGGGCCUUACCAAAGGGAGAUUUUUUCCCUCCUGAGCGUCCACAACAACUUCCCCAUGGACUUGGUGGUAUUGGCAUGGGGUUAGGACCAGGAGGGCAGCCUAUUGAUGCCAAUCAUUUGAAUAAAGGCAUUGGAAUGGGCAACAUAGGACCUGCAGGAAUGGGAAUGGAAGGCAUAGGAUUUGGAAUAAAUAAAAUGGGAGGCAUGGAGGGACCCUUUGGUGGUGGUAUGGAAAACAUGGGUCGAUUUGGAUCUGGGAUGAACAUGGGCAGAAUAAAUGAAAUCCUAAGUAAUGCACUGAAGAGAGGAGAGAUCAUUGCAAAGCAGGGAGGAGGUGGAGGCGGAGGCAGUGUCCCUGGAAUUGAGAGGAUGGGCCCUGGCAUUGACCGCAUUGGGGGUGCCGGCAUGGAGCGCAUGGGUGCAGGCCUGGGCCACGGCAUGGAUCGUGUGGGCUCUGAGAUUGAGCGCAUGGGCCUGGUCAUGGACCGCAUGGGCUCAGUCGAGCGCAUGGGCUCCGGCAUCGAGCGCAUGGGCCCGCUGGGCCUCGACCACAUGGCCUCCAGCAUCGAGCGCAUGGGCCAGACCAUGGAGCGCAUCGGCUCUGGCGUGGAGCGCAUGGGUGCCGGCAUGGGCUUUGGCCUGGAGCGUAUGGCCGCACCCAUUGACCGUGUGGGCCAGACCAUCGAGCGCAUGGGCUCUGGCGUGGAGCGAAUGGGCCCUGCCAUCGAGCGCAUGGGCCUGAGCAUGGAGCGCAUGGUGCCCGCAGGCAUGGGGGCAGGCCUGGAGCGCAUGGGCCCUGUGAUGGAUCGCAUGGCCACCGGCCUGGAGCGCAUGGGCGCCAACAACCUGGAGCGCAUGGGCCUGGAGCGUAUGGGCGCCAACAGUCUCGAGCGCAUGGGCCUGGAGCGCAUGGGCGCCAACAGCCUGGAGCGCAUGGGUCCCGCCAUGGGCCCGGCCCUGGGCGCUGGCAUUGAGCGCAUGGGCCUGGCCAUGGGUGGUGGUGGCGGUGCCAGCUUUGACCGUGCCAUCGAGAUGGAGCGUGGCAACUUUGGAGGAAGCUUCGCAGGUUCCUUUGGUGGAGCCGGAGGCCAUGCUCCUGGGGUGGCCAGGAAGGCCUGCCAGAUAUUUGUGAGAAAUCUCCCAUUUGAUUUUACAUGGAAGAUGCUAAAAGACAAGUUCAACGAAUGUGGCCACGUGCUGUAUGCCGACAUCAAGAUGGAGAAUGGGAAGUCCAAGGGGUGCGGUGUGGUUAAGUUUGAGUCGCCAGAGGUGGCUGAGAGAGCCUGCCGGAUGAUGAAUGGGAUGAAGCUGAGUGGCCGAGAGAUUGAUGUUCGAAUCGAUAGAAACGCUUAAGCAGUUGCCUUUUUUAAACAUCGAUACCAGACCUCUGAAUUUGUAUUUUUUCUUGUUAACCAUUUUAAUUUGUUGGCUGGAUGUAUAAAGAUGUUUAAAAAAUUCAGUUGCUUUUUGGGGUAAUUUGAAUUACUUUUUUAAUGACUGGGGUUCCAUUUGACUGUUUGCAUUGAGAUUGCAAUGUGCGCAAUUUUUUUUGUAGUUGUGGCAUCUUGUUGACAUCGAAUAUGACUUUGAUAAUAAAUACCAGUUCCUGAAA